AUGAAUCUGACCCUCUACGCGGUCCAAGGCAUCGUCAUCCUCGAUAACACAGGACAACGUAUCUUUGCUCGCUACUUUUCCCCGCCGCACAGCAACAAUGCGACCAGUACCGUAACCGGCACCACGACAGCACACAGCUCGACCGCGCUGGCGCACAACGUCACAACGCAAAAGACCUUUGAGAAGGCUCUCUUCAAAAAGACGCAGAAGCAAAAUGCAGAUGUUGUCUUGUUUGACGGACGGGUGGUAUGCUACAAGUCAUCUGCAGACUUGGUCAUGUAUGUGAUUGGCAACGGCGACGAGAAUGAGCUCAUGAUUUAUGCUGUGGUACUUGCCCUGCGAGAGUCACUUGAGCUGCUUUUACGCGUUAGCAUUGACAAGCGUGUCCUCCAAGAACAGUACGACUUGCUGGCGAUCACAGUAGAUGAGAUUUGCGACGACGGCGUCAUCUUGGAGACGGACCCAGUGACAAUCUCCACACGCGUCACACGCGCGCCGACGGGCAUGGAAGGCGGAGUGCCUCUCGACUUUUCAGAGAAGGGCCUCUUGAAUGCGUACCAAAUGGCAAAGAAGGAGCUGGCAGACCGGAUUUUACGAGGCUAG